AUGGUCAAAGUCGAAAUCGUCGAAGACAAGGAGGGCCACGCCUCGCCCUACGCCUCGCCGUCGUCGUCGCGCACGUCCUCGACGGAGUCUCUGUCGUCCAUAUCCUCAGAGCUCUCUGCAGACGAGUCCUUCUAUGACCGUCUCACCGCCCUCGUCGAUAUCAUACCCCCCACAACCAGACACAACAUCGCCUCAAAGGCGUCCAAAACCGCCUCGUUCGUAAAAAAUACAGGCAAGGUGCUCGGCAACGUCGUCUGGAUCGUCACCACGUCUGCACUCCUCGUCGGACUGCCCCUCGCCCUCUCCCUCGAAGACGAGGCAAAGAUCGUCGCCCAGGAGAAAGAAAUCAUGGCCCAGCAGCAGGGCGCACAACACGUUCGUCCAUUUCCAUUCUCCCAACUACAAAUUCCCUGGUCCACCCAGCAGUCUGGUCAAAAGGCGGUUGUCCCCCCUGGAUUUUAA